CCUACUCUCCCUUUAAUUUUUGUUUGGUGGUUGCAAAGAGGUGAGAAUUUUCCAACUUUAAUUCAUCCCCCCUUUUGGAGUGCAUUGAGCCAAUAUUGUUGAGAGUCAUUGAUCAAUUAUGUUUACUGCAAACAAGAAACUAGAUGCUGGGGUAUCUUCCAUAAAUCUUGAUCUAAGCCAAUUCAAUGGUUCCCUCCACAAUGGAAAGGAUGAGACUGACUCCAAUUGUCGAACAUCUCCUAAUGAAAUGGAUUUAUGAUAAGAGAGAAUAUGGCGUUUUUAUCCUCAAGUUUGUUGCUCAUGUGAAAUGUUUUGACUAGAGUUGGUCAUGAUCCAUCAAUUUUUCAAGUGAGAGCUUUUUGAGGUAACUUGAUUGGAUGAUGGAUAUUAUUGUUUCUUCACUUGGAUCUCCUUGGGUGAGGAGAUUGUAAUAACUUGGCUAAUUUUGUUGGAGUUUAAGUAGCAUGAAUUUCUUAUUUUACUAGCAUUAUUUCCUCCUUAAAGUCGUAAAGAUAUUCUUAGAUACUAUUGAGAUGAGGCUGAUUCACAGUUUAUCAUUUAGCGUGAGUUGGUAACAUUCAAUACCAUAGAGGUUUUUGCUAUAGCCAGAAAUUUCCUUUCUCUUUUAUUUGGCAUGAUUUUUUAUGUUCCUUGAGCUUUUCUUGAUAUAUAGAUGUGUGUGUGUUAAGGAUGUGGUGACUGCAUUGUGCCAUACAUGUUGCUUGAAUUGGCUUGCAAUAUUUGGGGAUCAUAGGCAAAAGGGUGGAGACUUGUAUGCUUUGGAUCUUAUUGUUUUUCCUAGAUUUGUUAUUAACUUUAAUAGCCAGAGUUAAAAUUUUGUAUAGAUGUUAUGUUUUGUUGUUUGUUUGGUGUUUCAGAACAUGUAUGCUUUUUGUAUGUAAGCUGCACUUGAUCAAUUUGUGAAGAGUUGUGCAUCCCUUACACUCGAAGUAAUAAAAUUUUGUUUUUUUU